AUGGCACAUCCCUCAACUCAGCAAGCCGUGACGAAGCUUCAUGUGAAAAAUGAGCUAUGCGGUCUCAGACUGAUAGUGCAUUGUGCAUCCAAAGACGACGAUCUUCGUGCCCACGUGCUCGACACGGGCUCUGCUUUCAGUUGGGAGUUCGAAUCGGUGAAUUUCAUUCGUACAACUGUUUUUUGGUGCAACCUCGCAGUCCGGAACAACCACCUUUCUUUCACCGCGUAUAACGCGGCAAUUUAUAAUAGACAUAAUCAUUGGGUUGUCAACGAGAAGGGAGUUUUUACUGAAGGACACCGUCUGAUUUCUGAAUGGAGGUAUGGAGUGUUGUCUGUCGAUAAAUCACAUUGUAACGUUGGGCCUUGA